CUUUCAAGAUGUCUACUGUCCACGAAAUCCUAAGCAAGCUCUCCCUGGAGGGAGAGCACGCCAUUCCUUCGUGCGCCUAUGCCACCAUCAAGGCAUAUCCAAACUUUGAUGCUGAUAGAGAUUGCACCGCCAUCGAAACAGCGCUCAAGACCAAAGGUGUGGAUGAGGUAACCAUCGUCAAAAUCCUGACAAACCGCAGCAACGAGCAACGGCAGGACAUCGCGUUCGCUUACCAUAGGAGGUACAAGAAGGAGCUGGCUGCAGCUCUGAAAUCCGGCCUCUCCGGACAUCUGGAGACACUCAUGUUGGCCCUCUUGAAGACGCCUGCCCAGUAUGACGCCUCUGAGUUGAAAGCUGCCAUGAAGGGGCUGGGGACAGACGAGGAGACGCUGAUCGAGAUCAUCUGUUCGCGGAACAACCAGGAGCUCAAUGCAAUCAACAGAGCCUACAAAGAAAUGUACAAGACUGAGCUGGAAAAGGACAUCAUAUCGGACACGUCUGGCGAUUUCCGCAAGCUGAUGGUUGCCCUGGCCAAGGGGAUGAGAAACGAGAACUGCUCGGUGGUUGACUACGAGCUGAUUGACCAAGAUGCUAGGGACCUCUAUGACGCCGGGGUGAAGAGGAAGGGAACCGACGUGCCCAAGUGGAUCAACAUCAUGUGCGAAAGGAGCGUUCCCCACCUUCAGAAAGUGUUCGAGAGGUACAGGAACUACAGCCCAUUCGAUAUGGAGGAGAGCAUCAAGAAGGAGGUCAAGGGGGACCUGGAAAAUGCAUUCCUUAACCUUGUUAGCUGCAUCCAGAACAAGCAGCUGUACUUUGCUGACCGGCUCUGCGAGUCCAUGAAGGGCAAAGGGACUAAGGACAAGGUGCUGAUCAGGAUCAUGGCUUCCCGCUGCGAAGUUGACAUGCUGAAAAUUAAGAGUGAGUUCAAGAGGAAAUACGGAAAGUCCCUCUACUACUGCAUCCAGCAAGAAACAAAGGGAGAUUAUCAGAGGGCGCUCCUGAACCUCUGCGGAGGAGACGACUGAAAACUGUGACGGAGAAGGACCCGUUCUUG